AAGGAAUCGUGUGUAAAUUUAAAUUCUUUGAUUUUAUAAAAUAAUUUAUUUAUUUAAAAUUACAAUGAAUAUAAUUUUCUUGUGCUUAUAUUUAAUUUAUAUAUCAAUUAUUGACGCAAAAUCAAAGAAUAAAUGUGAAGUUUGUGUCAAGCUUUUUGAAAAUUUUUAUUCAAUACCUGGUCAAGAUUUCUCAAGCAAAGAUAUUAUCAAAUCAAAUUUAGAGAAGUUUUGUGAAUCAAUUACAGACAAAAAACAACACAAAAUAUGUGUUAAUAUUGGUGCAAUUGAAAACUCACCUACCUCAUUGAUGGGUUCUACUACAGGCUAUUUAUUUGGAAAAUAUCCCCCUGAACGAAUAUGUGAAUUAUUAGGAGCUCUUGAUAUGGAGAUUUGUGAAUUGAAAUAUGAUCGCCCUGUCGAUUGGAAUAAUUUAAAAAGUAUGAGAAUUAAAGAACUUAGGAAGAUCCUAAAUGAUUGGAAUGAAGCCUGUCAUGCCUGUACAGAAAAAAUUGAAUUUAUAAAGAGAAUUGAAGAAUUAAAACCAAAAUAUUUCAAAGAAUUAUGAUUGUAAAUAUAUUUUUUAAUUCGAUACCACAAUGUUCUUCGCUUAAUAUAUUCGAAACAUACUCGUCAUAUUAAAAUAUAUAUUAGAAAAUUUUUAUUUAUAAUGUUUGUAAGUAUGA